CGUCGCCUGCUCUGGCUGAGCACUCCAGUGUAGAAUUCCGAGUGGGGAACCUCAGAGCUCAAAGAUGGAGCGCAGCGGGCAGCUGCUGGUGGUGCUUUUGGUGCUCGCUUGCAGCGGCGCUUUCUGUGCAGUGGUGCAGUGGAUGGAACUGAAUGAGGCACAGGCCUAUUUGAAGCAAUAUGGCUACCUGAAUGAGCCCAGUGAUCCGCUCGACCCCAACUACCUGGAGGAGGUCAUCCAAGCUCUUAGGGUUUUCCAAAAGGUGAAUGAGUUGCCUGCUAGUGGAGAGUUGGACGAAGCCACCCUGGCUGUGAUGAGGCAGCCUCGCUGUGGCUUGGAGGAUCCCUUCAACAAGAAACAGCACAAGUACAGAGUGAUGGGUCGCUGGAGGAAAAAAAAUCUGACCUACCGCAUUUACAACUACACACCGGACAUGAAGAAAGCCCUGGUGAAAACAGCCAUCCAGGAGGCCUUCAAGUACUGGAGUGACGUGACGGACUUGACCUUUAGAGAGGUGGAAUACGGAAGAGGUGACAUCAGGAUCGCCUUCCACAAGAGAGAUGGCUACUGCAGCAUUCCGUUUGAUGGCCGUGGUCAUGUACUGGCCCAUGCGGAAGCACCAGACUCUGGAAUGGUCCACUUUGACGAAGAUGAGUUCUGGACGGAGGGGACAUACUACGGCUCUAAUUUGCGUAUCGUGGCGGCCCAUGAAAUUGGUCACGCACUCGGCUUGGGUCAUUCUCAGUUCAGUAAUGCCCUCAUGGCUGCCGUUUAUACCGGUUACCGGAGCAAUUUCAAGCUGCACUUCGAUGAUGUGCGAGGCAUCCAAGCACUAUAUGGCCAACCUACAACCAACACUUUAUCUACUCCAACAACUUCAGACAGUGUCUUUCCUACUGAAAGCAGUAGUGACACUGAGAGCAUCCCUGAUCCGUGCACGGCCACACUGGAUGCCAUCAUGCUUGGUCCUUGGAUGAAGACAUUUGCUUUCAGCGGGAAGUACGUGUGGACCAUCUCAAAUCUGGGACACAACACACCAAUAAGGAUCGAUAGGCUGUGGAAGGAGCUCCCUGGGAACAUAGAUGCAGCGGUGCAGUCGCCAAGGACCGAUAAGACCUACUUUCUUAAAGGUAAUCAAGUGUGGCGGUACACUGGCUUUGUGCUUGACUACGGCUACCCUAAAAAAGCUCAGCGCAUCCCCCCUAACAUUGAUGCGGCUUUGUACGUGGAGAAGAACAGGAAGCUUAUUUUCAUCAAGGGUUCUAAUUACUGGCAGUGGGAUGAGCUGAAGUACAACAUAUUAACUCCCAGGCCGCUGUCCAUGCUCUUCAGCGGCGUUCCCGCCAGCCCGGACGCCGCCUUCACUUGGACCAACGGCAGGGUGUACUUCUUCAAGGAGGAUAACUACUGGCGUGUCAAUGAGCUGCUGAGGGUGGACAGAGGAUACCCAUUGAGUAAGAAAGAGCGGUGGAUGGGAUGCUGAGGGCCGCUCGACAGGGGGCAGCAGACACCCAAAAAGCAGGGUCCUGCUACAAGGGGCAUUUUUUUUAUUCAACAGAGAAGGACCUACUUUCACUUUGUGCUUUUUGACUUGAGAGAAUGAUAUAAGAUUUUGUAUUAUGUCGGGAAGAAAUUAAACAAAAGGCCUUCCUUUGUUUUUUAUUCCCUCUCUCACAAACAUGUGCAUUGGAUUAUGAGUAUUGAUGCUUUGAAGGGGACGUAAUGUGAUAAUGGAAGCAUGCUCUGUCAACCAGACCACUUUGACAAUGUUUCCAUUGUGCACAGAUUCACCCUGGGCCUCCUCAAAACAGCACAAGCUGUGAUUGUAUAUUUUUGCACAAAUAAAUAAACUAUGAUGCCCCCCUCCCCCAAAA